GCGGCGGCUGUGAGCGUCGCUGUUGCGGUGCGCUGGUUGUCGGCUGCGUCUCGUCUCUCCUCUCGCAGCCGCUCGAGCUGCAGCGGAGGAACGGCCCCGGCAUGGGUAACAUUCUGAGCGCAGGGUGCAGCGUUCCGCGAGAAGGAGAAGAAGACUAAAGAAGAUUAAUCAACCAGUUUUUGUAAUUUUAAAAACAUGGUCCAUGGGUCAGUGACCUUCAGGGAUGUGGCCAUUGAUUUCUGCCAGGAGGAAUGGGAGUGCUUAGGCCCUAUUCAGAGAGACUUGUACAGAGAUGUGAUGUUGGAGAACUACAGCAACCUCAUUGCAGUGGGAAGUACCAUUUCUAAGCCAGAUGUGAUUGCCUUACUAGAGCAAGGGACAGAGCCCUGGAUGGGUGUGAGGAAGGACAGGAGCAGGUGGUACCCAGGUUUGAAUUCAGGUUGUAGAGCAGAGAAAAUAUCUCCAGAAUACCUCCAGGAUAUAAAGCAAAUAAGUAAUACUCUUAGCCUUCAGUCUUGCAGUUUUAGAUGUGGCUCAGAACACAAUUUAGCGAAACUAAAUGGAUAUCAAGAAGGAUAUAUCAAUCAAAAGAUACUCAGCUGUGAGGAAAAAAAGCCUACUUAUACCAGCUCUAUUCUUACUCACGGUACAGAUAAACUAUAUAAAUAUAAGAAAUGUAGGAAAUCCUUUAGUUGUCACUCCAAUCUUAUUCAACAUCACAGUGUUCAUACUAGAGUGAAACUCUAUCAAUGUAAGGAAUGUGGGAAGGCCUUUAGACUUCAUAUACAACUUAUUGAACAUCAGAAAUUUCACAAUGGUGAGAAAUCUUUUGGAUGCAAGGAAAAUGGGAAGACCUUUAGUUGUGCCUCAGACCUUAUUCAACAUCAGAAUACUCAUAAUGGUGUGAAACGAUAUGAAUGUAAGGAAUGUGGAAAAAGCUUUAAUCAUAGUUCAAACCUCAGUCAGCAUCAGAAGACUCAUAGUGCUGAGAAACCCUUUGUAUGUAAAGAAUGUGGCAAAGCUUUUAAAUUUCCUUACCGACUUAUUGAACACCACAGAAGUCACACUGGUGAGAGACCCUUUGAAUGUAAGGAAUGUGGGAAGGCUUUUAGACUUCACCUACAACUUUAUCGACAUCAGAAAACUCAUACUGGUGAGAAAUCCUUUGUAUGUAAGGAGUGUGGGAAGGAAUUUAGAUAUCACUAUCUACUUAUUGAACAUCACAGAAUUCAUACUGGAGAGAAACCCUAUAAGUGUAGAGAGUGUGGGAAAGGCUUUAAUCGUGGUUCAAACCUCAGCCAGCAUCAGAAAAUUCAUUCCAGUGAGAAUCCCUUCAUAUGUAAGGAAUGUGGACAGGGCUUUAAAUAUCAUCACCAAUAUGUUGAACAUCACAGAGUUCAUACUGGUGAGAAGACUUACAAAUGUGAGGAAUGUGGGAAGGUCUUUAUUCUUCUGACACAGUUUGUUCAGCAUCAAAAUGUUCAUAAUGGUAAGAAGCCAUUUGAAUGUAAGGAAUGUGGGAAGACCUUCAGUUGUAGCUCAAAUCUUGUUCAACAUCAGAAUAUUCAUGCUGGUAUGAAACCAUAUGAAUGUAAGGAAUGUGGGAAAAGUUUUAAUCGUAGUUCAAACCUCAGUCAGCAUCAGAAGACUCAUACUGGUGAGAAACCCUUUGUAUGUAAGGAAUGUGGAAGGGCAUUUAGAUAUCAUUAUCGUCUUAUAGAACAUCACAGAAGUCACACUGGUGAGAAACCUCUUGAAUGUAAAGAAUGUGGGAAGGCCUUUAGAGUUCACCUACAACUUUCUCGACAUCAGAAAACUCAUACUGGUGAGAAAUCCUUUGUAUGUAAGGAAUGUGGAAAGGAAUUUAAAUACCAUUACCGACUUAUUGAACAUCACAGAAGUCAUACUGGUGAGAAACCCUUUGAAUGUAAAGAAUGUGGGAAGGCUUUUAGACUUCACCUACAACUAUCUAGACAUCAGAAAACACAUACUGAUGAGAAGUCCUUUGUUUGUGAGGAAUGUGGAAGGGCAUUUAGGUAUCAUUACCGACUUAUUGAACAUCACAGAAGUCAUACUGGUGAAAAACCCUUUGAAUGUAAAGAAUGUGGAAAGGCUUUUAGACUUCACCUACAGCUUUCUCGACAUCAGAAAACACAUACUGGUGAAAAAUCCUUUGUGUGUAAGGAAUGUGGGAAGGCAUUUAGAUAUCAUCACCGACUUACUGAACAUCAUAGAAUUCAUACUGGUGAGAAACCCUAUAAAUGUAGAGUGUGUGGGAAGGCCUUUAAUCGUGCUUCAAACCUCAGUCAACAUCACAGAAUUCAUUCUGGUUUGAAACCGUUUAUAUGUGAAGAAUGUGGGCAGAGCUUUAAAUAUUAUCACCAAUGUGUUGAACAUCACAGAAUCCAUACUGGUGAAAAACCCUAUGAAUGUAAGGAGUGUGGGAAGACUUUUAGACUUCAACUACAACUUUCUCGACAUCGGAAAGUUCAUUCUGCUGAGAAUUCCUUUGAAUAUAAGGAAUGUGAGACUCCUUCAGACAUCAGUACUAAUUUAUUGAACAUUAGGGAACUUAUACUCGUGUGAAAUCUUAUGUAUGUGAAGGAAGAUACUUUUGACAAUUCAGAUUUUUUUCAACAUCAGGAUAUCCAUAGUAGAAGCUCUCUGAAUGUAGUCAGUUGAGAAGGCUUUUAGUCUUUCCAUAAAAAUCAUACCACUCAUACAGGUGGAAACUGAAUGAAAGAGUAUGGGAAACCCUUUAAUGAGACAAACCUUGUUCAACAUUGAAGCAUUCAUGUUGGUAUGAAACAAUAUGAGGGGGAAAGGAUGUAAUUGUGGUUGAAACCUCAACAUCAGAAAGUUGUUACUACUGAAAAACCUUUUGUAAGCAAUGCAGGAAAGCUUUAUAUCUAAAAGUUUAGAGUUGCUGAACAUCACAGAAUUCUUAGUGAUGAGCAGCCCUAUGAGUAUAGAUGUGAGAAAGCCUUUAGACUUAAGUGUUUAUUGCCUAUCCAUUUGUACAGAUCUGAAACCUUAAGAUUAUUCAGAAUGUGGGAAAAUCUUUAAAUGGUUUACUUUGUAGACACCAGAAAAUUCAUAAUGUCACAAGUUGUAUGACUAUAAUGUGGAGCAGAUUAUAUGAAAAAAUUAAUUACCUGAGAAUUCAUAUUGACUAGGAAUUCUAUAUAUAAAAGAACAUGGGAGGGCCAGCAAGGUAGCUC